AUGUUUUAAUAAUUUUUAAACUGUUUCAAAAAUAAAUCAGCGAAGGAUGGUUCAAAAGAGUAUGAGAAGGACAUACUCUCAUCGGUGCUUGACAUUUUGCCGAAUUACCAAAGUAAAUUAGAAUUUAAGUUUUAGACAAAAAAGGAGAAGCAAAGGCUGCUGAGAUUCGGAAAUAGGCAAAUUAGACAGAUAAUCCUAAAGAAUCGAAUGACAAUCUGAUAAAAUAUGAUGAUGAUGAUAAUCUAUAUUGCAGGUUUUCUUUGGAUUAUUUUGCUUUAAACAACAGGUUUCGGGUUUUUUGUAUUUAAAUCAGUUAAUCCAAACUAUUCUAAUGGGUUCAUUCUCUUUUAGUAAUUAUUCGAAUAACUUUAGUCGAUUAUAGUAGUGUGUGUAUUGAUUGUUAAGCCUUAUAAUAAUGAGAGUAGUGGGUUAAAUAUCUCGAUAUCAAAUGCAGUGAUCAAUGGGAUAAUAAUUUUAUGCGAUGUAAUUUUUAGCAUCCAAGUUGUGAUAUCAAUAAUUUCAUAUGGGUAAUGAGUUAGGAUUAAAUUUAGAAUUUGGAAUUGCACCUAUGGAUAUUACAAGGACCCUUAUGCGUUCAUAAAUAGUAUAUGUUUGUUAUUCGCCCUGAUCUUACGACAAUCCUACUUAUACAUAUUCAGAGCAUUGUUUUUGGUGGACUUCAUAGUGUAGACCAAAUAUUUCUAAAUUGUAAAGAAAUUGAGUAAUACAGUUAAACAUGCAUUGAUGAUGACAGCCUAUGUGAUUAUAAUAAUUACAUUAUUGACCUACAUUUAUGCUACCAUGGGAGUCCAAAUCUGGAGUGAUUAAUUGCAUCAUUAUUGUGUAAAAGAUGGGGAGAUUGAUGCCUAUCCAGCGAGAUUAUGUGGAAUGGGGAGAAAGUGUCCAGAUGGGUAUGUAUGUUAAAGAGGGUAUUUUCAUCAACCAUUCACAUAAUACGAUUAUAUUUCCUUUGAUGAAAUUCCAAAUGGUUUGCUUACUUUAUUUAUUUGUCAUUUUAUUGAGGGUUGGGUUGAAGUGGAAUAGAACUUGGCUGACACUUUUAAUAAAUACAUAAGUUCGAUCUUUUUAUGGUCUUACAUUAUUAUUGGGACAUUCUUUUUGUAAAACCUAUUGGUGGCUAUUCUCUUGAAUUAAUAUCAAAUGGAUCAGCAAGUUGAGGAAAUACCAAAAAUCAAAGUCAAGAGUCAAACAAAAAUUCAAAUUAGUAAUGAGAGACGCAGAACGUAUUUCUUAACUCCAGGGCAUUUGAGUAAGAGCAAACAGCGAGCUCUUUAAUUGAUACAAAAUUAACAUAACAAAUCAAGAUAGAGAUCAUAAUUACAAAUCAAACUCAAGGCAAUAGUAUCAUCGAAUUAUAUCAAAUACUUUUAUUCGCUUUUAUUUAUUACCAAUUUGAUUUUGUUUUCAUUGAAUGACGAAUCAGCAUACCACAAUGAUUUCGAGGAUAAAAUCACAAUAAUCAAUAUAGUAUUUCUAUUUAUAUACAUUUUGGAAGAUUUGGCAAGAAUGUAUGUCUGGAAAUAGAAGGAAAAUAAAUAUAUUCUGCUCUUAGAAUUUGUAAUAGACUUCAUUAGUAUAAUUGUUCAGCUGAAUGACAUGUCGAAUCCAUUUGUUCUAAAUGCAUUUAAAGGUUUGAGACUUUUAUGGUUCUUCAACACUCAAACAAGUUGGUCAAACUACAAAGUGUUACUAUAAGCAUUGUAAAAGUCCUUUGUGAAUAUUCCUAAAUUAAUUUUGGUGUUCUUAACCUACAUGAUUGUAAUCGGAAUAUUGGGAAGAGAGUAUUUUGCUGGAGAAUUGAUUUUUAAUGAAUAAGGUAAUUAUGAUAAGCAAGGUUCAUAUAUACCAAGAGCAAAUUUUGAUAGUAUUAGAAAUACAGUUUCAUCCUUAUUUAUAAUAAUCUGUUCUGAUCAAUGGGAGAAUAUAUUUUACACAACUCUUGAAACAAAAUCCUGGAUUCCUUAUCCAUUUUUUAUUUUUGUGUUGAUUUUGUGUAGAUUUUUCAUCUUGUCCUCAUUCUUGACUAUCAUGCUUGAUAAUUAUGAGGAAGCCAAGAACGAGGCUGACAAAUCUAAGGCUCGUGCUUAGAGGGUCAUUUCAUCUAUGCAAAGUAAGGAUUAUUAGUGAUUAUUUCUAUAGAAACUAAGGUGGUUCCCGCAGCUUAAUUAUAGUAAAUCCAAAACACUUCUUAGAUCGAAAAGAAAAGAUACUUCGGAAGAUUAUCGAAGAUGUCAGAUGAUAGUGAUGAUGAAGAGAAGGAAUCCAAACAUCAAGUUCUGCAAAGACAAGCAUCGAAAUACCCAUAAAUUACAAUUGGCAAGAACAAUAAUAUAUAAAAAUAAACAUCCAUACAACAAGUGACAAUAAUCAAAAGCAACGAUGAGGUUAGAAUAUCCUAUAGCUCAAGUCAAUCAUACAAGCAAUAUUUUAUGAAUUCAGCAUUAUUCAUUUUAAAUAACAAAAGCAUUCUAAGAAAAAGAAUACAAUAAUUGACAUAGAGUAAGUACUUUGAAUGGUUGAUGAGUUCAAUAAUAAUCUUGAAUAUCAUUCUAUUGGGUACGGAUCUACCAAUAUAUGAACAGAAAGACUUAAUUGAGAAAUUUAAUGUUAUCUUUACAAUCAUUUUUAUAUUUGAAAUUGUAUUGAGAAUACUGGCCCAUGGAUUUAUUUGGAAUCAAAUUGAACCCAAUAGAGCAUUCGUUUACAACAAUCAGAAUAACUUCGAUUUGGCUAUAUUGAUUGUAAGUUCCAUUAGUGAUCUCAAUCUGUAUAGUAGUGGAUAUUUGAAAGCAUUUCGAGCAUUGCGUACACUUAGAGUGUUCUCAUCUGCGAGAGUAAUAAUAUUCAAUUGAUAUCUAGAGAGGAUCUCAAAGUGAAGAAUUGAAUUUGAUAUCGAAAUCAUUGUUUCAAACUAUAUCCUUGUUAUCCUCCAUGAUUUUCGUGACUGGUAUCUGCAUUUGGAUUCUGAGCAUCUUUUGUAUGACUAUCUGGAAAGGCAAAUUGUACUUUUGUACAAAUGUGUAAUCAUAUGAUGACAUAUACACAAAGCAGGAUUGUUUGGAUUAGAAAGGUGAAUGGAUCAAUAAUAUCACUAAUUUUGAUACUAUUUAGGAUUCAUUGCUGUGCUUGUUCAGAAUAAUAAUUGGAGAAGGAUGGACAAGUCAAAUGUAUUACGUUUCAGAUAUCACUGAGAGAGGGAUGCAUCCCAAAGUUGACUCAUCUGCCAACUAUUAGAUCUUAUAUUACAUACUGUUGUUCCUCCUGAAUAUCAUGUUGUUGAAUCUCUUCACUGGGCUGAUUAUCAACAAUUACAGAACCAUCAAAGAGAAUAUCAGUAAUUACAAGUCGCUGAAUGAACAUCAGAGGGAAUGGCUGUAAAUGAUGUACAUAAUGCAGAAGAAGAAUCUAAUAAGAUUGAUUGAGAAACCGAAGAAUCAAUUCAGGUAGAUCUGUUACUCCAUCGCAACCUAUUCCUAUUUUGAAUUGAUUAUACUUAUUCUCCUCCUAUUGAAUCUAAUAUUGUAAGAUCCUAUAAUAUAUUUUAGUUGUUCUGCCAAUGGUAACUCAAUUAAUUAGACCACCAAAUCAGCAUUCUAUGUUCUGGACAUCAUAUUUAUUACCCUCUUUCACAUCGAAGUAUUCAUCAAAUUUUCCGCCUUCUGGUAUUACUACCUCAAAGACUCUUGGAAUAAGUUCGAUAUCCUGCUUCUGAUUUCCACUGAUGCCUUACUGAUACUCAAUAGCGAGAUUGAGAUGCCCAAGAUGUUUAUGAUUCCUUUGAUCAUUCGUUGUUUGAGGGUUCUCAACACGUACAAAAUACUGAAGUUAAAUCGCCAACUCAAAGUCCUCAUUGACGUCAUCUAGGAAAUACUGCCAACCUUAUUGAGUGUAGUGGCUUUUAUCAUUAUAAUCAUUAUUGUGUAUGCAUUGAUUGGGAUUCAAACUUUGUCCGUAGUUAAGUCAACCUCUCAAGAUGCCCAAUACCCUUUUUAUUAGGAAAUCGGGUAGAGGAAUAAGAACUUCUAGAACUUUUGGGAUGCUGUCUUAAUUUUAAUAGAAAUCACAACUGGACAAUAUUGGCCACUCUAUAUGUCAGAUUACACCAUUAAUAAGGCUGGUUGUCAUUCCUAGACUCCAGAGGACAUAUUGAGGGAAGGAGUUUAGGGAUGCAGCACCUUCUUUGGAUACUUCUAUUUUAUUAGUUUUUUAGUAUUGAUCAGGAUUAUAAUGAUCUCAUUGUUUUUGGCUAUGAUUAUAGAAUCAUAUCAGGAUUGUUUGCUUGAGAACACUGCAGUCAUUAAUCCUUACUAAAUAGAGGACUUCUUUUUAAAAUGGUCUGAUUAUGAUCCCAAAGGAACUGGAUGGAUAACUCCUGAGGAUUUCGCAUUUUUGAUGUUUGAGAUGAAUCCUCCUCUUGGAUUUAAGGAUGAGAAUGCUUGUUUGUAGUUGUUUGAUUUCAAUUAAAGUAAUGAGUGGAUUAUAUUUGAUAGAUCACAAGAAGCAGUCAGCAUACAUCUAUAAUCCUAGAACCAAGAUGCACCUUAAGAAAAUCGAUAUCUUCAAGAAACUCAGUGAUUUCCAAGUGUUAAUAUAUUAGAAUGAGAUGAUCCACAUUAAGGAUGUUUGUUUGUAGAUAGCUUACAAUGCAGUGAAAAAGAAGAAUGCUCUGCAUGGGAUUGAAUAGAUUGAAGACAAGGUAGUAUUGAGGAACAUACGGAAAUCAUGGGAGGCUAAGUUCCCUGAUUUGGGGGAUCAGAAGUUCCUUCAUUUCGCAGUGGACAUCUUUGCGUAUAGUUCAAUACGGAACAUAUUGAGGGGAGCAAUAGAGAGAAGAAAGGUGAAGAAGAGAAUCAAGGAAAUGCAGAAGCAAAACAAUCUGAGGUAGUUGGAAAUAAAUGAGAAUGCUUAUUUGACAACACGAAUUGCUGACAGCAAUCAUCGUCAUCGUAGAAAGAGUCAGAUCAAUAAAAGAGUGUUCCCAUUUGCAUAGUCAUCAUAUCGGAUAAAGGAGCAAAAUCGUGAUGGGAAUGUUUAUAAUCGCAGAGUUGCUCUUAGGACUGAUCUGAAGUAGUCGCAAUAACAGUAGGCUUCCCAUGCAGAAUCGGUUUCACUCUCGACACACAACUUUUACAUUGAUCCUUAGGAAACCAAUAAUGGAUUCCCUAUGAAAAUAGUACUGGAAACGCAGAAGAUAGAUUUCCCAAGUGACAAUUCUUAGCGUUCUUUCUUCGGGCAGAUGAAAUUGAGAGGGGACAUUUCAUAACGAAUGUCCGAUGAAGAGGGGAAUAGUUGA